GAAGGGUUGAGCAUGUAGGAAGGGCUUCCUGGAGUUGGCAAUGUCUGAUUUGGGUUUUGAAAACUUAUUUCAGUUCCUUAGGAGUUUUCAAGGAAGGUAAGAAAGGGUGGGGAUAGAAUAGAGUGAUAAUCCAGGAAAGCUGCUCUACUUGCCCUCAGUGGCCCAGGACACUGAGGCAACUAGGUCACCAAAUGAACAUUGUCUGUAAGUGAAAUAUCCUGAAUAACAGAUGACACUGGGUUUGGGGUUUUUUGUUUUUGUUUUUGUUUUUUGAUCCUUUUGAAAGAAAAAGAGAGGGGAAUAAAGAAACCCCCCUCUGUGACUGCUUUUAGUUGAAAGUCAUUCAUUUUUCUUUUGAAUGUUUUGUAGAGAAAGUCUGUGAUUGCGGUGAGCUUCAUAGCAGCAUUCCUCUUCCUGCUGGUUGUGCGCCUUGUAAAUGAAGUGAAUUUCCCAUUGUUGCUAAAGUGCUUUGGACAACCUGGUGCAAAAUGGAUACCGUUCUCCUACACAUACAGGCGGCCCCUUCGGACUCACUAUGGAUACCUAAAUGUGAGGACGCAAGAGCCUUUGCAACUGGACUGUGACCUUUGUGCCAUAGUGUCGAACUCAGGUCAGAUGGUUGGCCAGAAGGUGGGCAGUGAGAUAGAUCGCUCCUCCUGCAUUUGGAGAAUGAACAAUGCCCCCACCAGGGGCUACGAAGAAGAUGUUGGGCGCAUGACAAUGAUCCGCGUUGUAUCCCAUACCAGUGUUCCCCUUUUGCUAAAAAACCCUGAUUAUUUUUUCAAAGAGGCAAACGCUACUAUUUAUGUUAUUUGGGGCCCUUUCCGUAACAUGAGGAAAGAUGGCAAUGGCAUUGUUUACAACAUGUUGAAAAAGACAGUCGACAUCUAUCCGAAUGCCCAAAUUUAUGUGACCACAGAGAAGCGCAUGAGCUACUGUGAUGGAGUUUUUAAGAAAGAAACUGGGAAAGACAGAGUCCAGUCUGGCUCUUAUCUCAGCACGGGAUGGUUUACCUUCAUUCUGGCCAUGGACGCCUGUUACGGCAUCCACGUCUACGGGAUGAUAAAUGACACCUACUGCAAGACAGAAGGGUAUAGAAAAGUCCCCUACCAUUAUUACGAACAAGGAAGAGAUGAGUGUGAUGAAUACUUUCUUCAUGAACAUGCCCCAUAUGGGGGGCAUAGGUUUAUUACUGAAAAGAAAGUAUUUGCUAAAUGGGCCAAGAAACACAGGAUAAUAUUUACACACCCAAACUGGACAGUGUCUUGAUGUUGGGUUUGGUUUUGUUUUUUAUCUUGCCACACCAUUUGAUGAGAUCAUAAUACUGCAACUGUGAUGCUGAUGAUGCUGGUGCGGAUGACAAUAAUGAUGAGGACAGUGAUAAGGGUAACAACAAUGACGAUCAAGUUCCUGUACCUUCUCAGAUAUGGAUGGUGACUCUGCCAGUAAUUUGAACUUGGAUUCUGUGGAGGGUGGUUGUGCUUAUUAUGUUCUUUCUGAAGCUUCAACACUACAUACUGCACUUUAUAAUUUAACUGGAAUUGAAAUGAAGGCCAGGGACACAACAGCUGUGACCUAAGAAAUGGGAAGAUUAUCCUUCAAGAUGGCUAAACAGAAUUCUCAAACUGUGAGUAACUGCCAAAAGCCAUGGGAAUUGGCCACAUGAGGCAAGGUUAUUGACUUCACAGCCUCUUGAACCUGAGCAGCUCCACCACCUUGAAUAAUGGUUGAUUGUCAAACACUGACUCAAGAAAUGGUAUCUGGGUACAAGUAUCUUACUACAGUUACUAGUAAGCCUGGCAGAAAGGAAGGUAUCUCUUCCCGACAUACCAUCUUCAUACAGGGGUACUUCUCAUAGCUAAAGCCUCAGUUCAAUCGCCUAUUUAACAAUGGAUAUCCUACCCAUCAGGAUUACUUGACUAUCUCAAACGCUUUUUCAAAAUGGGCCAAUUAUCAAAACUUGAUGUAUUUCCACUCUAGCCGCUCCAUUCUUACUACUUCAAAUAAUAUAACUAAACAUGUUAUUAGAAUGAUCUAUAUUAAUGUUUAGUUAUUUUUUGUUGAGCUCUAAAUAUUUCACAAGGCUAUUUGAUAUGUAAGAUAUCAACUUUAACACUGUAAUAACGUGUACUGUGAAAGCAUUCCUAAACCAUAACCAAAAGGGUUUACUAACUCUGCUUCAACAUCCAAUAACACAGACUUUUGUGCUUUUUAAAAUCAUGAAAUGGGGAAAGCAAAGCAUAUUUUUACAUCAAUUUGUAUUUGAUCAUACUUCAUAAUGUAUAUUUGUAUAUUCAAAUUUCUAUUUUAUAAGCCCAAGAUGUGUCUCUGCGUACAUAUUAUCAUUGCCAAGUGCCAACUGUUAGACAUGAAAAGGAGAUGAUUCCUUGUGUUAAAUCUGACCAGAGCUUCUGCCUUCUUGGGGUUUAUUUUCCCCACAGUGUAUAAGGUGUUAUACCAUAACAACAAUAAUAAUGACCUUAGUGGUCAAUGUGCUUUGUCAUUUAGAGUCCUUUCACCUCUGCUACGCCAUGUGAUGUCCACGACCAUCCUGUUGGGCCAUUGCUUUGGCAUUCUGCCAUUUCUUUAGCAGAUGUUCUGUGAUUUGUUCAUCAUUCUCCUAUAUUCCAGAUUGCUUCCUUUGCUAAUAUUUGUAUAGAAUAGCAUAUAGGUAGACUAGUAACCAAUUGAUUUCAGUGCCAAAAACAAUGUAUUAUAUCAGGAUUAUGCACAAAGUAUCACAAAGAUGGUCUUGGCCAUAGACUGGGACCUUUGUAAACUUCGGUUCUUUCUUUUUUUUUUUUUAAUGGCUCUAUUACUGUGGGAAAAAAUGAGGAAACAGAGGCAAUAGCAGGGAAUGAAAACAGAGAAAUGUAAAGUUUCUGUCCCAGGUUUGAGAUAACUCUAUUCUCCAAUUACUCAUUGCUCAUUAAGUAUUAGAGGACCAGUUUGCUGAAAGAGUAGUUGAGAGCCCAAAAAUCAUCCUUGCAGAAUGACUGGAGAGACAAAAGCCAGGUUUAAUUAUUAGUUGGUAUUUACAGAAUAUUUUAGAGGCUGGAAGUGAUGUUCUUUUCACCUCAGGAGCAUUUUGCAGCUGUUUGCAAGUGCUAAGUACCAUGAUUAACUAUUAUUAAAAUGUGCCAUCUUGGAUGAAUGCUUCUUUCAUGCUCCCAUCUGCCAUUCUGAUACCCCAAUACUCAGAUCUAUAAAAAUUACCAAACACCAGCUCCGUCGUUGAAGGAAGUUGUUAUUCUUUUCUUGUUUCCUUUCAGUUGUAUGACUGUUAGAUUUUUUUAAGAGUUAACGAUGGAUAGAAAUGUUCACUUGAAAAAAAAUAAACAGAUACAAAUGUUAAAAUCGUAGUACAGACCUUUAUUUUCUCCUCUCUGUGAUAGAACAGUUACACUUUUAAAUAAAAGAGAAUCCUGGAUAGAAUGCUUGGGGGAAUGAGAUAACUGAAUUUAUUUUGUUUUCUGGUAAAUGGAGGGCCAACUCUAUUUGUUUUAGCCCUACGGAGGAGAAACCUGAAAACUUGCUUGCUCUCCUGCCUCACUGUAGCUUUCUCUGAUGAAGGAGACCUUUGAGGUGCUGGGGGAUAGAAGUGGAUGUCAGUAUUCCUCAUUCCAGGACAGUAAGCGUGUGUGGAGUAGGUGCGUUCUCUAUACUUAUGUUGGCAGUGUUUCCUUUGGAGGGGUUGUUGUUGUUAGUUACCUUUGAUUUCAACCCAAGGCAACCCCAUGUGUGCAGAGAACUGCUAUAUGCAGUAUUCAAGGCUGUGAUGUUUCAGACACAAUUCACCAGGUUUCUCUUCCCUCCACUUCCUUUCCUUUUUCUUUGUUUUCUCUUUUUAACUAAACCUCUUCUCUACACUUUGUAUUUUUGUUUUCUUUUAUCUCUUCCUUCUAAAAACAGGAAACAAAAAACACAUUAUUCCCAAUUUUGAGACCUGGAUGGUUGAUUUCCAGUAUAAUCAGCAUUUUGAUAUAAUUGCAUAACUUGUUUUCCUUAGUGUUCUCUGCUUUCAUUUUCUGUUCUUUACCCCCAGCUUCCUAAUUCUAGUGGAAAUGCAAAGUCUAAUUUCUUACAUGUUGAGAAGAGAUUUUCCAUCGAAGAUUUA